AUGCCUGAGAGGCUAAGCUGCAUGGAGGCGGCCUUGGAGACUCAGAAGCCAAAGUGUCAGAGUACAAGAUCCUCCAAGGGAGCCAUCCCCUACUUUGGAAUAAGACCGCAUAAGGCUGAAUCCCAGAAGGUCUUACGAGUCCCUGGCUCAGGGAAGCUUGCCCAACCACCCCCAAGUCAGGUUAGGCUCCUUGCUCCUGGGUUUUAUAGCUCCCAGUACUUCAAAGAAACUAUCUCCCUGUCAUCGUUGAAAACAAGGUCCCCUCGCGCUGCGUCCGCCGCAGACCCUCCCCGCACGCCCCCUGCAUCCCAGCGCCCCCCACCCGGCGCCCGCCAACCUGCCAAUCACUCCCGCAGAGCCCCACGAUCGAGGUUCCAGGGGGCACUCGGACGGCCCCGCACAGGUUCCCCGAGCCUGACCCCCAAGAGCAGAGGCGGGGAGCCGCAGCUCCGUCCACCUCCCCGGGGCCGGGAAUGGCGGCGUCCGGCUCCCCGGGGCCAACCCGAGUCCCUGCCCGGAGGAAACCCCGGAGACCGGCACCGCCGCCGCCGGCCGGCCGCCUGCGGUGGGAGACGAAGAAAUGAAGUUACCUCCGGACGGUCCCGUCGGCGGAGGCUGUGGCGGGGCGCAGCGCGGGGAGUCGGGGCAGCCGAGCAGGUCCCGGCGCGGCGGCGGCGGCUACCGCAGUGCCCUCCGCCCCAUUGUUUCCCUUCCAAGAGGCUCCCGGCGAAGCCGAGCCCGGGAACCAGGAAGUUCCCCGGCGCGACACCUCCUGCCGCCGCUAUGGAAACGGCCCCCGCCUCCCAGGGCGGCUCGCCCGGGACCCCGCCUCCGCGCCGCCGGCCCCGCCCGCCUCACGGGCCGCCGCCAACCGUCGCCGCUGCGGCCGCGGCCGCCGCCAUCUUGGCGCGGCCGGGCGGCCCUUUCCCGGCGGCACGUGCGCGCCGCUCCCGCGUUCCCGCCGGCCGCGGGGGCGCGCUUCCAGGGCUGCGGGGUGCGGACGCAGCUCCCGGGGAUCCCGGGCGGGAAGCGGCGCCUCUGACCCCGGGCCGGCAAGGGAGCGAGGACCCGCGCCGCACUGCAGACCCCGGACCUGGAGCGAGGCUUCGAGGCACGGCGCGGAAACGACCCACUUAA